AUGCACCCACAUUUUAGAAAUGGAAAUGAUGGAAGUGAUGAUGGAAAAUUUGAUAGCAAAUGCCGCGUGUGUGUAUGUUUGCAGAGGGUGGUAGAUGCGCCCCCUAGCGGCGCAAUUCGCAGUUCCGUGACGUCAAUUCAGCACUGGGAAGGAGACAGCUCCCUCCCCCAAAAAACCCAGCGCGCCUCACGUUGCAUGGGUCCCCGGUUAUUGAUAACACAAUUUGCCCGCUGGGAUCCAUCCCAGUAACGUGGAACUCGUGGAUAUAGGGAUUGGAGAUACAACAAACAGCGCGGACCGAAGAAAAACAACAAUUUGCUCAUUAUCACCGACAAAUAGAAAGCCGAGCCCACCCCUUCACUUGACAACGCGACAUCCACCAGGCAGAAAGGCUUACUUCUCAUCCUUCCACCCUCCAUCCGCCCUAACCUACUGAGUUGGGCAAACCCCUGAUGAGUGGGACCUGUAUCCAUGAGCCCCGUGCCCCUUCCCCUUCCCUGUCAGGCUUCAGUACCCCCAUCUCAGAACCUCCCUAUCGAAGACUCGAUGGAGACACCCCUGCCUGCACCCCGGAAACGGACCUGACCCCCACACAGUGUGUCCUCCGUAACGUGCUGUCCAUUGACACGGGUGGACAGGUUGCGCCGGGCGGCAGCAGCCCCACGCCCAGUGAUGGACCCUCAGCCCACUUUGACAACAGCGUGCUAAAACUACAUGAACAUGAGGCCUGCCAAUGUGGUGGCGGGGCAGAGGCCGGGCACAGCCCAGAGGCUGGUGCUGUGCGGAGCCAGUCGGAGAACAUUCGGCUACAAUCAGGAAGUGGAGGAUUUUUGGAGGGACUGUUUGGCUGCCUAAAACCAGUCUGGACCAUGAUUGGAAAGGCCUACUCCACUGAACAUAAACAUAGCAACGAAGAGUCCUGGGAGGUUCCUUUUGAGGAAAUCUCCGACCUGCAGUGGGUGGGCAGCGGGGCACAGGGGGCCGUCUUCCUCGGCAAGUUCCACGGAGAAGACGUGGCUGUAAAGAAAGUGCGGGACAUCAAAGAGACAGAAAUCAAACACCUCCGCAAACUCAAGCACCCCAACAUCAUCACUUUCAAGGGUGUGUGCACCCAGGCUCCUUGUUACUGUAUCUUGAUGGAAUACUGUGCUCAAGGCCAACUGUAUGAGGUGCUGAGGGCCGGUCGUAAAAUCACCCCUUCCCUCCUGGUUGACUGGUCCAUGGGCAUUGCAGGUGGCAUGAACUACCUCCACCUCCACAAAAUCAUCCAUCGAGACCUCAAGUCUCCCAACAUGUUGAUUACACACGAUGACCUGGUGAAGAUCUCUGACUUCGGCACCUCUAAAGAGCUCAGCGACAAGAGCACCAAGAUGUCAUUUGCUGGCACUGUAGCUUGGAUGGCUCCCGAAGUAAUUCGCAAUGAACCAGUGUCAGAAAAGGUGGACAUCUGGUCCUUUGGAGUGGUGCUGUGGGAGAUGCUAACUGGGGAGAUCCCUUAUAAAGAUGUGGACUCAUCUGCCAUCAUCUGGGGUGUGGGAAACAACAGCCUUCAGCUGCCUAUACCUGAGAGCUGCCCUGAUGGCUUCAAGAUCCUCCUCAGACAGUGUUGGAACUGUAAACCCAGGAACCGCCCGUCUUUCCGUCAGAUACUCCUUCAUCUGGACAUAGCUUCAGCUGACGUACUCUCCACUCCGCAAGAGACGUAUUUCAAGUCUCAGGCUGAAUGGCGAGAAGAGGUGAAACAGCACUUUGAGAAGAUUAAAUCUGAGGGUACUUGUCUCCACCGGCUCGAUGAGGAACUGAUCAAUCGACGCAGAGAAGAGCUCAGGCAUGCUUUGGACAUUCGCGAGCACUAUGAGAGGAAGCUGGAGAGGGCUAACAACCUUUACAUGGAGCUCAGUGCGGUCAUGCUGCAGCUGGAGCUCAAAGAGAAAGAGUUGCAAAGGAGAGAGCAGUCUCUGGACAAAAAGUACCCAGGUUUGUUUAAGCACCACAGCUCCAGACAGGGCAGCUCCUCCAACUCCAUGGACAAACUCAUCAAGAAGAGAAAUGUCCCACAGAAACUCCCCUCAGGAAAGAGGCCAGAUAUCCUCAAGUCUGAGGUAAUCAUUCCCAAAAUGGAUUCCUCCGUGAUGCAAGUCACUAUUCCAGCCUGCCCUAACAGAAGCUCCACUUCUCCCAGCCGGUCUAGGAGGGUAAAGACCCGCCAUCGCAAGCCUGGUAAGGGCAGCAGUGGGGACCUGGCUGGACUUAAGGCGAAUCAGUCCUCCCCUAAUAGGGACAAAACUGCCCAGGCUAACAGUUCUACCACUAACACCUCCAAGCAGCUCCUGGAGCCCUCUGCAGCCCUGCGGGGCUUCAGCCAUGAGCAGCAGCAGAGGCAGCUGUCUUCCUCCAGCCCCGACCUCAUCUGCACCACACUAGAGGCAGAGGGCCAGGGAAAAGGGGAGCCCUCUGUGGGCGGACUGGAGAGAGGGGGGAGCCUCAGUGCCUCUGCAGAGUUAGGGGGAUCGGAAGUAGGGGGAGCUGGUCUUGAUGAUCUCAUAGAAACUCCUCCACGCAGUGACACGCCAAGUGAAGAUGCUGCAUCGUUCCCAUUCUCCAGCAGCCCAGACUCACCAUGCGGGAGGGGGGCAGCAGCAGGGCGGGGGUCUCUGGGAUCUCCACGUCUGCCUCUUGAUGGGGAGGAUAAAGAAGAGGGAGCAGGUGCCGUGAGGUUGCCCCGGGGGGCAUCAGGAGGGAUUGGAAGUCAGCACCUCACUCCCUCAGCCAUUCUAUACAGGGCAGCUAUCACACGCAAACAGAGGCGUGGAGUGUCAUCAGAAGAGGAGGAGGGUGAAGUUGACAGUGAGGUUGAGUUACCACGGAGACGACGCCCGACAAGCAUCACCAAGUGCCAGUCGGUGUCUACCUUUAGCUCAGAGAACCUGUCGGUGUCGGAUGGUGAGGAGGGUCACACCACCGACCACUCCCACAGCGGGACCCCCGAUGUGGUCAGCACUAACACGGAUGACAGGUUGGACGACCGCAGCGACGACCUCCUCUCACAGGGGUCGGAGAUCCCGGCAGACAACACAGAUCCUGCGCAGGCUUCCGACGGACUGUCGGAGCGAGACGGAGCGCUGGGCCAGGCCAAAGCUCAGCUGGAUGCCGCGCAGAAUCCGAAUGAGCAGACUCGGGCCCUGUGUGAUGACUCUGACUGCGACAGUGCUGAGCUGGACCAGUCGGGGAGCGGAGAGCCCAGCCGUCCUCCCAGUGCUGGAGCAUGGGUGUCGCCAUCUCAGCCCCAUCAGGGCUCUCCACAGGUGCCCCAUACAGGACCUCCAUAGAUUACCGGACACUAGCAAAGACCUCCAGCUGCCCUAAAGUGAACAACCAUCACAGGCGUACACCAAUCUGUCAGUGCAGUACAUUACUGUUGUCAUGAGGGGUCACACCUACUACACCACUCAGACUAUGACAAGUUGACUUAUAGUGUCUCAUAAGUUUGUUGGCUGGCAAACCUACAUCAGAUGACAUAGGGCAUUUGUCAUAACCUGACAUCAGAUAUUUUGGCAGCUUGUGACAUCAGAUAAAUGUCAUUUAAGUUCUGUAGGGGUUUUUUGUAGGCAAAAUAGUUACCAAGGUAACCUUAGCCACAGCUCCAGUUCAGCAAAAACCCUUCCACAGUCGCACACGCACGCACAAGAUACCACACUAGUAGUCCUUUAAACACUAAUCCUCACUCUGGGAGCAUCCUUCAUGACACUCCACACACUAAUGCAUCAAAUACUAAUGAAUAAUAAUGUAAAUAUCCGUUACAUGCCACAUGAGAAAUAUCUAACUUUAUUUUAUUUGUAAGAUAAAAAUGUAAGACUUAACGGUAUGCAGCCCUGUGAACAAAUGCAUGACUACAUGUUUAUAAUUUAUGGUUUGAAUGUGUCAGUUUUAUAUUUUGUGAAAGUUUACACUUUUUUAAUCCUGAAAGUAUUACUUCAGUUAUUUUGUUUUUUGUUAAUAAAUGUCAACACUCAUUAAAAAAAAAGUCUAAAUGGAAUGAAAACCUCACAAAGACAUCGAUCAUGACGCAUAAUUAGGAUUCUCAGUAGGAAAUUUUGUUUUUAACCCUACUACUACUACUACUGAGUUUCAAAUACACAUAAGAGAAGCUUGAGGUUUCUUAUUAAGCUUAUCAAACAUGUGAUAGGAUGGAGGAUAGGGGUUUAAGAAAAUACUUAUGCUUAUUAUUGAGUAUUACGAUAUUAUACUUAAGUAAGAUUUGUCCUCUCAACCAGCUACAACAGCAAAAUUCACAAAACCACUGUAUCAAUUAUUAAUUUGUAGUUUAGAUGUAAGGAUUUGUAGCAGUGGUUCAUUCUGUGCUGUGUUUAAACGCCCGACUGCUAGACAGCCGAGGUGCAAUUCUCCAGCUGUGUGUCUUUCCCAGUUCAACAUAACAAUGUCACCUGAUACAGGAAGCAGUAAACGCAUAUCGCCUAUGUAAACACAACUAGCACAGGCCUAUGAAAUCAAAUAUUUCCCUCUUUCGUCUAUCGCUAUAUAUAUAUAUAUUAUAUUGAAUCACAGUCCCUGUAUGAUAAUAUGCACCAUAUUGUCAGAUUUUUGCAGAUGCACAACCCUAACUGGGUUCACCCAAAUUGCGCCUUUGCCAUCACAUACUUGUCUACCCGGUUCUGAGAUUGUUGACUUUUUUGAUUGUCUUUAAUUUGCAGGAAGUUCAUUUGAAAGGUAGUGCUGUCGGCUCAGAGAAGUGACAUGCACUGGCAUUGCAAAACAUAUCUCAGCAACAAACAGGUGUGGGUGCGUGAGUAAAAGAUUUGGCCUCCUUAUUAGACUCACGAUGGAAAUUUAAAAAGGUUACAGAAAAAAGAAUCAAAAUCAAUGCAGAGAUACUGUCUUCUUUAUUUCACGGCCUCUACUUCUUUGUCAAAACCUGCCACCUACAUUAGCCACAAUGCAACUUGUACAACAACAACAGUAGUGUCGGUAGUUUGGGUGUGUGCAUGUGUGUAUGCUAGUAACAGCAAAUGUGGCCUUAAGCCUUAAGGCCCAAGUAGGGAUGAGAAACAAAAAGCAAAUUUCUUUCUAACAGCACCCUCCCAGACUUGUAGUCUUGGAUGGCUCAAAUUACAUCACCUGAGGCAGUUUAGUUUUACAAAACUGCAAAAAACUUUAUACGACUUCCCCAUGAACUGUAGAAAUCUCGCGUAUUAUCAGUUGAGUUUGCCCUGAAGUAACGAACCAAACGGACCCUUAAAACUCACAAUUUUGAUAGGCUUCAUAAAAACCUCAGCUGUUCCUCUUACCCUUUAAAAUGACUGCAGUAGCCAGAUAAGGAAUAGAGCACUUCUCUGUGGUGGUUAUGAGUAGAACAGUAAGUAUCCUUUGGGUUUGAAUGGAGAUGUUUUGUUUUUAUACAGCAUUGCACAUUGUACCUGUAACAUAGGAAUUAUAUUGAAAGCAAAAUAUUAUGAGCAACAAUAAAUAAUGUAUUGGUUAAAAAAAGAAUGUGUGAUGUUUGUUUAAAAAGACAAGCCAAGUCACAGUUUGCACCAUUGCAGCGUCACAAAAGACAACUGAAUGAGAAAUAAAUGACUAUUUUCAAUGA